UUCCAUGCUUAGUCAGCUAGGCCAACUGUUCCACUCUUUACACAAACCUUACAAAUGUGCCUCUUGUGCCUAUAGAUUUUGGCCUCUAGAAUGUCUCCGAAAUCUAUUGGGGUUUACUCUCAAAUGGGCUUGCUCAAGCUUUCAUGGGCACUGUGCUGGGUUCUUUCUCUUUUGAGUUUCAGAGCACUCUGUGAUUACUCAGGGGUCACUGUGAAGUUCUUGAAGGCUCCUCAUGCAUUCUCGCAUCUCAACUCAGCAACAUUUGUCUUUGAAGUUUUCAUGGGUGGGGAUGGCACUUGCGCAAAUUGUAUCGUCAGUUGUAAGCUGGAUGAUGGCAAUGCUUCAGAUUGUGAAGCUAGGAGGAUUUUUUAUGCAGGCUUGCAGGACGGAAAUCAUACAUUUGAGGUUUGCACCAAUCGGUCUGGAGGAGUUGGCUGUGCUAACUAUAGCUGGACUGUUGAUACAGUUCCACCUACAGCAAAUAUCACAGCCUUAACACCUUUCACAAAUGCUCUAAAUGUUUCUGUAAAUAUAUCUUUCAGUGAACCCUGUACUGGUGGAGGAGGUUUCAAAUGUUCUUCUGUGAAAGCCUGCAAUCUUCUGGUUUAUGGUGCUGGCCAAGUUAUACCAUCCUCGCUCAUCAUCUUGCAGCCAAACCUCAAGUAUUCUGUCCUUGUCGGUUUAUCAUCUGCCAGUCAGUAUGGGCGAGUGAUAUUGGUAAUGGAUAAGAAUUUUUGUACUGACAGUGCUGGGAAUAAGUUUACAAGAACAACAAAUUCAAGUUUCUAUGUGCAUUUUGAUAGAAGAAGCGUCUUUGUCAACCUGAGGACUAGCAUUCUUGAAAGGCUACUUCAACUUAAUGGCAAAACUAGACUGGUACAGGCAACUAACAAAUAUAAUAAACUGAGAGUGUAUCUGUAUUUUUCAGUGCCUGUUCUCAACUCAUCCGCAGAAAUUGUCAAUUCUCUCCAAACAAGUCAGGGCACACUUCUUCCCAUUAGUGGGAAAAACCUUGGGAAUCGCAGAUUUGGCUUUCUGGUCGCAAAUCUAUCUGGCAUAGCUAUAGUCACUCUAAGCAUUGAUUCAAACUCCAUAAUAAGCAGACAAAGUACUCCAGUUUCUCCAAUUGCACCAAUAACAUUCUUGUAUGAUUCUCUGAGGCCAGCUGUGAGAUUGAGUACCUCAUUCAAUAUGAGGACAAAAGAACCCAGCAUACCAAUGUUGAUAAAGUUCAUGAAGCCUGUAUUUGGCUUUAACACUUCUGAAAUAUCAAUAAAUGGAGGGCAUUUGCAGAGCUUUCAUGAGAUAAGUAGAGCCAUAUAUAUCAUAGAGAUACAUGCAGACCAUGAUAUUGUAUCUGUCAGUGUUCCUGAAAACAUAACCAGGGAUGUUGCUGGAAACGGAAAUCUAGCUUCCAAUGUUCUACAAGUAAGGCACUAUUCUGUACCUGUAAUAUCUUCAGUGAUUUCUGAGCUUGCAAUUGCUUCUUUUUUGGUGACAUCUUUUGCUUCCGGGCUGCUCAUGGUUUCAAUUGCAAGCCUUCACUCCAUUGGGGCACUUUCAAGACCAUAUUCAUCUUUUUCUGAUCCUGCAAGGAAUCUUUUUAGAAUUGCUUGCCAUAUUCAGGUUUUUGCUUUGUCUAGAUGGCUGGCAGUGACAUUGCCAGUUGAGUAUGAUGAAUUUGCAAGGGGUUUACAAUGGAGCAUUCCAUACUUGAGUCUUCCAUGGCAAACUGGGCACACUCAGCCAGUCAUAGUGGGUUCAAGUUCCCCUGACAACCCAAUAUCCUCCAUGUAUGAAGUUCAUGAUUCAGGAACCUUCCAGAAUGUGAAAUGGAAAGAAGAGAUUUUGGGUAGGGAUGCUUCAGUAUAUGGGUUGCCACUAACUCCCAUGGAAUACAGAUCAUAUUUUGAGAGCCAAAACAGCGAACCCAAAGCAGAAUAUAUUUUGGAUCCACAUAUUUUAAAUGGGUGGAGGGAUUUUGGUAGAAGCAUGUUCUGGUUAGCCACAAUUGGUGGCAGUUUGAUACUGCUGCAUGCUUUACUCCUUGUCAUCCUAAAAUUCAGGAAAAAGAACUCUGGAAAGCAGAGUUAUGGAGCACUCGCACUUGCACUCGCAAGAUUUGAAAUAUUUCUGAUAAUUCUUGCAGUACCUAGUAUUUGUGCGGCCUCUGUUACUCUAAUCAGAGGAGGAACGGCAUUGGGCAUUAUGUUUGGCAUACUGCUUCUUGGAGCCAUGCUUUUUCUGCUGCUGGCGUUGUUCUUGUUCCUCUCUGUAGGCAUUACUUUUGGGAAGCUACUUCAAUACAAGGAAAUACAUCAAGAAGGCCGGAGAUUUCAUUGGUAUCAACACAUAGUCAGAGUAACUUUGGGUCCUGGUAAAAGAGGCCAGUGGACAUGGAAAAACCAACCCAACUCUGAUUACCUAAUCAAGUUAGGCCCUCUAUUUGAAGAUCUACGAGGCCCCCCAAAAUACAUGCUGUCACAGAUUUCAGGGAGCAAUCCCAGCAUGCAUGGCGAUCGAAUCAUUGCCUCUGAUGAUGAAACUGAAGAUGCAGAAGCGCCUUUGAUUCAGAAGCUGUUUGGAAUACUGAGAAUAUACUACACUCUGCUUGAGUCCAUGAGACGAGUUUCACUAGGGAUUAUUGCUGGUGCCUACAAGGGUAACCGGUCUUCCAAGACUCCGACAAUAACCUUAUUGUGCAUCACUUCUUUUCAGCUCUUCUUCCUUGUUCUUAAGAAGCCAUUUAUUAAGAAAAAGGUUCAGUUGAUUGAGAUCAUCUCAGUUUCCUGUGAAGUUUGCUUAUUUGCUACUUUCUUGGUUCUCAUGGAGAAGAAGUUAUCAGACAGGGAUGAGACCUUAGCUGGGGUCUUCAUGCUUGUACUUUUUCUGCUUGGAUAUAUACCACAAAUGAUGAAUGAAUGGUAUGCUUUGUACAGACAGACAAAACGGCUAGACAAUGCUGACAACUUUUUCUCAAGUGGUAUGAAAAUAGCUUUGAUCGGAUUUCUCCUGCUGUUCAUUCCACAGAAGUUGAUAAAAAAACUGGAAAGCAGGCUCCCACAGAAUGUGGUCACGGGUUCUUCAGUUGAAAGUUCCUGGAAUUCUGGGAGUAGGGGUUUAAGCACAACAGAUAAAUCACGGUCGAACCAACUUAAAGAACUGGCCAAGGCUAGCUUUAGUAAAGAAGAGAGUAGGGCUCCAAAUGAUCCCUCAACCAGUCGUACAAGAUGGAAUCGGUUUUGGGGCAAUAAAAGUAGUGGGAGCUCAUCUGUAAAUUCAUCUUCUGAUUUCAAGUCAAAACAAAGAGAGCUGGACAAAGAUUUAGAAGCCAUUUUUGCAUCCAAGUGAAAAUAAAUCAUUCCCAGAUCACUUAGGAGUGAUGGAAAAUGGGUGAUAGUUUAGAUUUGGAGUCAUGGGGUUGUAAUCCAAUUUAUUUUCUUAAUAGGUAAAAGCUGUAACCCAUUGGUUGGGUUGAUAAGAACAAAAGUUUUGGUGAUCCUUUUGAACAGCCAUGCAAGAUAAGGAUCUCCUUAUGGAGGGAUGUUAGAAUUAUCAAAUAUUAAUUUAUUCAAAAGGUUAGAUUAA